AAAAAAAGCCUGAGAUUCAGCGUGAUGAGUGCAGUUCUGACUAAAAUGUGGUUCCAUGCAGGUGUUCCUGUGGAGACUCUACGGGAAUCUCUUGGUGAAGAGCUAUUCAAAAUAUGCUAUGAAGAGGAUGAACACAUAUUAGGGGUUAUUGGGGGAACUCUUAAGGACUUCUUGAACAGUUUCACUACUCUGCUGAAGCAGAGUGGCCACAACCAAGAAGCAGGAAAAAAGGACAGACUUGAAGAUGCUUCCAUAUUAUGCCUGGAGAAAGAUCAGGACUUCUUAAAUGUGUAUUAUUUCUUUCCUAAGAAAAUCACGAGUCUUAUUCUAUCUGGUAUUAUUAAAGCAGCAGCUCAUAUUUUGUAUGAAACCGAGGUGGAAGUGAUGCUCAUGCCUCCUUGUUUCCAUAAUGACUGCACUGAGUUUGCUAAUCAGCCUUAUUUGCUGUACUCUAUACAAGUCAAAAGUGCAAAACCUUCCUUAUCUCCAUGUAAACCACAGUCUUCUCUUGUGAUUCCUGCCUCUAUGUUCUGUAAGACUUUCCCAUUUCAUUUUAUGUUUGACAAGGAUAUGUCAGUUCUUCAAAUUGGAAAUGGGAUAAGAAGACUUUUGACCAGGAGAGAAUUUCAAGCUAAGCCCAAUUUUGAAGAGUAUUUUGAAAUUCUUACCCCCAAAGUAAGCUGCACUUUCAGUGGAAUAAUGACAAUGCUAAAUAUGCAGUUUACUGUACGAGUCAGAAGAUGGGAUAAUACUGAUAUGAAAUCAUCCAUGGUAAUGGAUCUUAAAGGCCAAAUGAUCUAUAUUUUUGAAUCCAGUGCCAUCCUAUUCUUGGGAUCUCCUUGUGUGGAUAGACUGGAAGAUUUCACAGGACGUGGAUUGUACCUCUCAGAUAUUCCAAUUCACAAUGCCUUGAGAGAUGUUGUUCUGAUAGGAGAGCAGGCCAGAGCUCAGGAUGGACUGAAGAAGAGGUUAGGAAAGCUAAAAGCAACCCUUGAGCAGGCCCAUCAAGCCCUUGAAGAAGAAAAGAAGAAGACAGUAGAUCUUCUGUUUUCAAUUUUUCCUGGAGAAGUUGCUCAGCAGCUGUGGCAGGGACAAGUUGUGCAAGCCAAGAAAUUUAAUAAUGUCACAAUGCUUUUCUCUGACAUUGUUGGAUUCACUGCCAUCUGUUCCCAGUGCUCACCUAUGCAGGUUAUCACCAUGCUUAAUGAGCUUUACACUCGCUUUGAUUACCAGUGUGGAGAGCUAGAUGUCUACAAGGUUGAGACUAUUGGAGAUGCCUACUGUGUCGCUGGAGGUUUACACAAAGAAAGUGAAACACAUGCUGUUCAAAUAGCACUGAUGGCCCUGAAGAUGAUGGAGCUGUCAGAUGAGGUGGUGUCUCCCCAUGGAGAGCCUAUCAAGAUGCGUAUUGGCCUUCAUUCUGGAUCUGUCUUUGCUGGAGUCGUUGGGGUUAAAAUGCCUCGUUACUGCCUUUUUGGAAAUAACGUAACCCUUGCCAAUAAGUUUGAAUCUUGCAGUAUACCUAGAAAAAUAAAUGUCAGCCCAACAACUUACAGGUUGUUAAAGGAAUAUCCAGGUUUUGUGUUCACACCUCGCUCAAGAGAAGAACUUCCACCAAAUUUUCCCAGUGAUAUCCCUGGAAUUUGCUAUUUUCUGGAUGCUUAUAUUCAAGGAACAAACUCACAGACUUGGUUUCAAAAGAGAGAUUUGGGAGAUGGCAAUGCCAAUUUUUUGGGUGAGGAAACAGGAAUAGACUAAGUUGUACAUUCACAAGUGUAUAGAAUAAAUUUAUAAAUAUUUUGAUUUUUUGUAUAAAUUGAAAAUUUUUAAAAAUGUAUGGAACAUGAAAGCACUUUAGAUUGUUAACAUCUGAAAGCCAGUAUUAAAAUUUCAGGAAGUAUGCCACUGACUACUUUUCAUUUUUCCUUUGCAUAAGGAACAUAGUCAUUAAAACUAUAUUGCAACUUCACUGUUGAAAAUGCUACUAAAAACUACGCUUUCCCUGUGGUAAUUUGUAAGUGCUACGUAACAACUCUCUCAGUUCUCUCUGUGCUGAGAAUUCUAGAUGUAUUGUACAUGCAGUGUGUCAGGAAAUGUAAUGUGCAAGUGAUGCAGCCACAUGCAGUGUUGUGAGCUGGUGCUUACCAAUGACUAUUAAAAAUACAUUUUCUUAGUGAUUCCAUAAGAAAAUAUCCAUUAAAAUAUUGUCAUUGCUAUUACAUACUUCUUCCAGUGCAUCAUUUGGGCCCCAUCCUAGAAGCCGCUGACCAUCUUCUAACACUGACUGAAGUCAAUGUGUUGAGGGUGCUCAGCGUCUUCUGGAUCAGGCUGCUGAUUGUAGCUAAUACACAUAUACAUAGCAGAAUUUGCUGCUUAUUGUUUCAUGAACUUUAUUUUGUGUAUAAAAUGAAUAUAGAUUAAAACAUUGUAUAAUCACAUACUAAAGUCUCUGUAAUAAACUAUUUUAAUUCUUGGGUUUUUAAAAUACUUUACAAAAAAUAAUAAUAUCCACUUGCUAUUAUGUAUUAGAGCAAUAAAUGUUUUCUUUUUGAUGUCAUUUAAAUUUGAAAUGUUUUAAAAGAAGUGUAAUAAAACAUGCUUUGGAGUGUUUGCUUAGAAA